AGGCGUGUCGUGUGAGGCAUGCCGAGCCAAUGAAAUGGCGAGAUCGCACUGCUCAUGUUCCUUUCAUGAUCUCAAACAUUGAAAAGGAUCCGAACUUCACCUGAUUCCUUGUCUGCCUGCCCCAGCGCGAGGAAGACGCACGAUUCCACUCUUGCACCUGCUAGAACGAGAUCCAGCACCAUGUCGAUCCUGAAGAUCCACGCGCGUGAGAUUUUCGACUCACGUGGGAACCCCACCGUGGAGGUUGACCUCUACACCAAGAAAGGUCUUUUCAGAGCCGCUGUGCCCAGCGGUGCCUCCACUGGCAUCUACGAGGCCCUGGAGCUCCGUGACAAUGACAAGUCCCGUUACCUGGGCAAAGGUGUCUCAAAAGCUGUUGAGCAUAUCAAUAAAACAAUUGCACCUGCCCUGGUUCGCCAGAGCGUUUCUGUCCUGGAGCAGGAGAAGAUCGACAAGCUGAUGCUGGACAUGGAUGGUACUGAGAAUAAGUCCAAGUUCGGUGCUAACGCCAUCCUGGGCGUGUCCCUGGCCGUGUGCAAGGCCGGUGCAGCUGAGAAAGGCGUCCCCCUGUACCGCCACAUCGCUGACCUCGCUGGAAACCCUGAAGUCAUUCUUCCGGUUCCUGCCUUCAACGUGAUCAACGGUGGUUCCCACGCCGGCAACAAGCUGGCGAUGCAGGAGUUCAUGAUCCUGCCCGUGGGCGCCAACAACUUCCGGGACGCCAUGCGCAUUGGCGCCGAGGUCUACCACAACCUGAAGAACGUCAUCAAGGAGAAGUACGGCAAGGAUGCCACCAACGUUGGCGACGAGGGCGGCUUCGCCCCCAACAUCCUGGAGAACAAGGAAGCUCUUGAACUGCUGAAAACUGCCAUCAGCAAGGCUGGCUACACCGACAAAAUUGUGAUCGGCAUGGACGUGGCCGCAUCCGAGUUCUACCGUGACGGGAAAUACGACCUGGACUUCAAGUCCCCCGACGACCCCAGCCGCUACAUCAGCUCUGACAAGCUGGCCGACCUCUACAAGAGCUUUGUCAAGGAUUAUCCUGUGGUUUCCAUUGAGGACCCCUUUGACCAGGACGACUGGGAGGCGUGGUCAAAGUUUACCGCCAACACCACCAUCCAGGUGGUGGGAGACGACCUGACGGUGACCAACCCAAAGCGCAUCGCCAAGGCCGUGACGGAUAAGGCCUGCAACUGCCUGCUGCUGAAGGUCAACCAGAUCGGCUCCGUCACCGAGUCCCUGCAGGCCUGUAAGAUGGCGCAGUCCAGCGGUUGGGGCGUGAUGGUCAGCCACCGCUCAGGGGAGACUGAGGACACCUUCAUUGCUGACCUGGUCGUGGGACUCUGCACUGGGCAGAUCAAGACUGGCGCACCUUGCAGAUCAGAGCGUCUGGCCAAGUACAAUCAACUUCUCAGGAUUGAAGAGGAGCUGGGAGACAAGGCUCGCUUCGCCGGGAGAAAUUUCAGGAACCCCCUCAACUGAAGAGGCAGUCUCCCCUGGGCCUUUGUGUUUACAGCGAGCAUAAAGUCCCGCAAACAAGCCACACUCGAUCGCUUGUCCUAGAGAGAAAGGCAGCUGGAAUGGCAUUGAAAACUAAGGUCCAAGUCUAGGCUAUUGCAAGGAACUUCCACGAUCAUGUAACCUUUCACUGCCCCUAGGCUUCGGCAUCUGAAUAGCACUGGUCCUUUAAAUGUUCUUAUUGUGUGAUAGGUCUUAGUUGGGUUUUAUUCGGUUUGAUUAUUGUUGUACCUUAAGUUGUAGUGAUUCCUGUAUUAUGAGUGUUUGUUUUUAGUAAAGAGCUAAGUCUGCUGUAGCGCUGCCCGAGGCAGCAGAGUUUGUGCAAUGUGUCGCCUUUCUGAGAAAUUAUACUGUUGCUUGUACGUGUGGCAGAACCAAGAAAUAAACCUUCCUGGAAACAGAUAAG